UCCCCCUCCGCCGGCCCCCUUCUGCACCCUCCGUCUGUACCAUCCAUUUCUGCCAGACACGGGAGCAGAUCCCAUUCCCUGGUUCUAACAAAUAUACAAAUCCUUAAAUCAUGUUUUUUCCUUCAGAGGUGCACUCACUAUUCUGCUGUUUCAUCACGUCUCAGACUUGUCACAUCCAGAGCUGCACUCACUAUUCUGCUGUUCCAUCACGUCUCAGACUUGUCACAUCCAGAGCUGCACUCACUAUUCUGCUGUUCCAUCAUGUCUUAUCCCCAUCAUCUCCAGAGCUGCACUCACUAUUCAGCUGUUCCAUCAUGUCUUAUCCCCCAGUCAAUCUCCAGAGCUGCACUUACUAUUCUACUGUUCCUUCAUGUCUUAUCCCCAUCAUCUCGAGAGCUGCACUCACUAUUCUGCUGUUCCAUCAUGUCUUAUCCCCCAGUCAUCUCCAGAGCUGCACUUACUAUUCUACUGUUCCAUCAUGUUUUAUCCUCCAGUCAUCUCCAGAGCUGCACUUACUAUUCUGCUGUUCCAUCAUGUCUGAGUCCAGAGCUGCACUCACUAUUCUGUCUCAGAUCUGGAUGUAACUAUGAUACUUGAACACAACCCUUGAAGUGACAAGUGUAGUAAUUGGGGAAAACUUUAGAUCUAAUGAGACUGAAUGCAGCUUAAUGUGAUUGGAGUAGAGCGUAUCUAACUUCAGCUCUUAAAGUGACCAUGUAUCUAAAUGCAGCUCUGAAGGUGACCGUGUAUCUAAAUGCUGCUCUGAAGGUGACCAUGUAUCUAAAUGCAGCUCUGAAGGUGAUCGUGUAUCUAAAUGCUGCUCUGAGGGUGACCGUGUAUCUAAAUGCUGCUCUGAACGUGACCAUGUAUCUAAAUGCUGCUCUGAGGGUGACCGUGUAUCUAAAUGCUGCUCUGAACGUGACCGUGUAUCUAAAUGCUGCUCUGAACGUGACCAUGUAUCUAAAUGCUGCUCUGAACGUGACCAUGUAUCUAAAUGCUGCUCUGAAGGUGACCAUGUAUCUAAAUGCAGCUCUGAAGGUGACCGUGUAUCUAAAUGCUGCUCUGAGGGUGACCGUGUAUCUAAAUGCUGCUCUGAGGGUGACCGUGUAUCUAAAUGCUGCUCUGAGGGUGACCGUGUAUCUAAAUGCUGCUCUGAACGUGACCAUGUAUCUAAAUGCUGCUCUGAACGUGACCAUGUAUCUAAAUGCUGCUCUGAAUGUGACCAUGUAUCUAAAUGCAGCUCUGAGGGUGACCGUGUAUCUAAAUGCAGCUCUGAAGGUGACCAUGUAUCUAAAUGCUGCUCUGAAGGUGACCAUGUAUCUAAAUGCUGCUCUGAAGGUGACCAUGUAUCUAAAUGCUGCUCUGAAGGUGACCAUGUAUCUAAAUGCUGCUCUGAGGGUGACCAUGUAUCUAAAUGCUGCUCUGAAGGUGACCAUGUAUCUAAAUGCUGCUCUGAGGGUGACCAUGUAUCUAAAUGCUGCUCUGAAUGUGACCAUGUAUCUAAAUGCUGCUCUGAAGGUGACCAUGUAUCUAACUUCAGCUCUGAGGGUGACCAGGUAUCUAAAUGCUGCUCUGAAGGUGACCAUGUAUCUAAAUGCAGCUCUGAAGGUGACCAUGUAUCUAACUUCAGCUCUGAGGGUGACCAGGUAUCUAAAUGCUGCUCUGAAGGUGACCAUGUAUCUAAAUGCAGCUCUGAAGGUGACCAUGUAUCUAACUUCAGCUCUGAGGGUGACCAGGUAUCUAAAUGCUGCUCUGAGGGUGACCAUGUGUCUAAAUGCUGCUCUGAACGUGACCAUGUAUCUAAAUGCUGCUCUGAACGUGACCGUGUAUCUAAAUGCUGCUCUGAAGGUGACCAUGUGUCUAAAUGCUGCUCUGAACGUGACCAUGUAUCUAACUUCAGCUCUGAGGGUGACCAUGUAUCUAAAUGCUGCUCUGAAGGUGACCAUGUAUCUAAAUGCUGCUCUGAAGGUGACCAUGUAUCUAAAUGCUGCUCUGAAGGUGACCAUGUAUCUAACUUCAGCUCUGAUGGUGACCAUGUCUCUAAAUGCUGCUCUGAAGGUGACUAGAGUCGAUACCUAACAGGUGUCCCCGCAUAACAGGUGUCCCCGCACCCACUAGCAGCACCUUGUCUCGUCUGCUGCUCUUCAUUCACUGACAGGAAGCCACUCCAGAGACAUUUGGCAAGUGACUGGGAUCACAGUGACCGUGCGCCGUCCCGGGGGGCACACAUGGUUAUUGGGGGGAUUAGUGUUUAACAUGAAGGAGACGACUGAACCAAUGUCAGAGAUUAAAGUGCAGCGGUCAUGGAUAUUGUACCCCAGACUAAUACCAGGAUAGUAUAGAUCAGUGGUCUUCAACCUGCGGAACUCCAGAUGUUGCAAAACUACAACUCCCAGCAUGCCCGGACAGCCGCUGGCAUUCUACUGGUAUAGAUGAUAGAACGUGUAAUACAUAUGGCUGCUCCUUAUCAGACAGAAAAUAGUAUAUCGUGCGAGCAGCAGCAGUCGGAUGGGCGUGGCCGGGGUUCACAAUGCCCCGCCUCCGCCACGCCAAUCCCGUGAGUGAGCGCUGGGACCGCUGUGUGAUUGACAGACAAGUCCCUAGC